AUGCUUGGCGUCGGCCUACCCGGCCCCGGCGUGGGUUUGGCUGGCGGCAGCAUCGGCGGUGCGCUAGGCGGCGGUGGCGCCACUUCACCUACCACAUCCACUGCCUCGGCAGGCAUAGUCGGUUGCGGCAGCAGCAGCGGCCUACUAGGCAGCGCCGGUCUGCUUCCCGGCUCUGCCUGCAGCACCUUGCCACAUCCGCCGUCUUCCGCCGCUGCGGCCGCCGUCGUGUCCAGCGCCUUGGCGGCGGCAUCUGCCACCUGCGCGGGCGUCGGCAGCGCAACAGCGAACUUGAAUAGAAAUCUAGUGAUAUUGCGCAAUCACUUGCGUAAAAAUACGAAUGUGGCACCCGCCUCAGCGGUCGCAGCGUCUGCGUCAGCAUCAACAGCGCUGUCCACACCGACACACACGGGCGCAUUCAACGACAUCACGCCCACCAACACCAACACGAACACACUCAGCAGCAGCACAAUCAGCGCACACAUCAACAACAUCAAUACCAAUCUGGAUCGGGAUCAAUAGCCCAGCAGCAAAUGGCUUGGCGCUUUUAAUUUAGUUCGCUUAUUACGUUAUGUUAAUUAGAUGUAAAAAAAUACGCAAAUUAAGUGUGGAGAGUAGCAUUAAAGUGAAAAUCAACACUUCAUUAUCAUAGUAUAACUGUACAUAGGUCUAUUUAUAGUUGUAUAUGUAUAUGUAAAUCGCUGUGAUGACGCGUUCGAAUAUGCUUCAGUUCAAAUGUACAGUUAAAAUAAAUAGUGCACUCACACACACUCAUACACGCGCACACACACACAUGCAUUGUUAUUAUAGCAAACACAAAAAAAAAUUUAAAACAACGCUUUUAUAUAUUUAAAAAAAAUUAUAUAUAUAUAUAAAUAUAGUAUAACGGAUAUUUUGCAUUUGUAAUUUGAGUACUUCCUCAGGUGAUGGCAUUUAAUAAACAGCAUUUAAUUAUUGUAUGUUUUAGCGGCAAUUUUUAUGUACAAACACUUCGCAGCAUUUAUGCAAAUUGAUUGAGAACAACGCGCUACAACAACAACAAUAACAAAAAAGUCCGAAACUGUUUAUUUAAAAGUAUUUAUAAAAACAGCAACAAAAAGAAACGAAGAAAUUUGUGUUUGCAACUCGCAACCACAAACAAACACACACACAGACACAUACAAAUAAACAAUAAGAAAUUAAUAUAAUUAGAAUGUGCGUAUGCGCACACACACACACAUACUAGUGCGUUAAAUGAAAUUAAAAGCCAACUGCACACACACACACACACAAGCACACCAUAAAUACGUGAUAUUUCAAUACGUCCAUGACUUUUUUGCUUCAAUUUGUCGUUACUUAUGUAUAGUUGGUUAGUAUUAAAAGCGCAUCGCAUUAAUUUAAUUGUAUUUUAAGUUUUUUCGCAUCACUUUUUCCACCUUUAUGCAUUUAAUUAUAGAAAUUAACGACAUAUGUCCAGCUACAAAAUAAGCUGUCCGCGUUACUUUCGUUUCUCCUCUUGAAUUGUUUGCAAAUAUUUAAUUUAAAUACGCCAACAAAUAAAAAUAAAUAAAUAAUUGCAUUGGAAAUCAAAUUAUUUAGAGCUGAAAAUCAAAGUUGCCACCUUGUGAAAUCAUUAUUAUUAAUAUACAUAUAUUUUAUUUUCGAACAAGCAGCCUAAAGGUAGGCAAUGAUUAAUUCAAUUUUGUAUUUGUGUUAAAAAGAUGCAAAUUCUGAAAAAGCUUUCCGAAAUUCUUAGUUCACUUACUGUUUUUUUCGAAAUUUUAUAUCAUAAAAGAAAAUUUUGAAAAAAAUUAGUUGUGAUUUUUGUCACUUUCUAUCUUAAAAGAACAAUUUUGGAAACAAAAUUGUAUUUUCCUAGGAAGCUCAAAUAGAAGACUCAUAGACCAUAUUUUUUUUUUUAAGUUAAUAAAAUUCUCCCUCAAAAUACAUUUACGUACAUAAUAUAUAUUUUUUGUUCGAACAUGCAGCCUAAAUGUAGGCAACAGAUAAAAAUUCUCGAAAACUUUCAAAAACUCUUAGUUCACCAGCUGCUUUUUUUGAAAUUUUAUAACUUAAAAGCAAAAUUUAAAAAAAUGUUAUAUAACUAAAUUUAUGCCAGACCCUGCAAGAAAUUAAAUUACUUUUUUUAAUAAUUUAUAAAACUCUUACAACAUAAAAUAAUUUUCCGAAAAAGCUUUUCGAAAUUCGAAAAUUUACAUGUUAAAAGCAAAAUAAAAAAAAAAACUUUUUAUAACGAAGCACAAAUGUUACCUACUGAAAUCGUUAUUGUUAAUAUAUAUUUAAUUUUUAUACCAUGCAGCCUAAAUGUAGGCAACAGCUCAUUUUUUAUAUGGUUUAUAUGUUAAAACAAAUUAAUUUUCGGAAAAAGCAGUUAGUGGACUAAGAAUUUCUGAAAACUUUUUACCGCAUUUUUAUCUUUAAAUCUUUUUUGAUAAAAUAUUUAUGCCACUAAGCUUAAAAGCAAGAAAAUUACAUAACUGAAUUUAUGCCAGUAUAUACAUAUAUUUCAUGACUCAUUUUGUAAACAUACUGUAUACAUAUGUACCUAAAGACUUUUUCAGCGUUGCAAUUUUUGCUAUACUUAUUUUUAUGAAGUUAAUUUGAAAUAAAAAUCUUGAAUAUUUAGUGAAAAUUUUCAAAUGACUCACGCUCACGCGUAUAAAAAGAGACUUUACGGUAACCAGCGCUAAUACUCACAGCACUUCUUACAAUUUCACUAAGAUUUCGGUUAGAU